AUGACUAUCGUACGGUUGCUUGUGAGUCUUUUACUCUUUGGUUCAGUUGAAGCUGGGAAGCUGUUGGUUAUUCCUACAGAUGGCAGCCAUUGGCUUGGGAUGAAGCCUAUGGUGGAAGAACUGGGGAGGAGAGGAAAUCAGGUGGUGGUGGUCAUCCCAGAUGCAAGUCUGAGUAUGGGUCCAUCAGAUCACACCACCACUCUGUCUUAUCCAGUGCCUUACACCAAAGCUGAAUUACACGAGCAGUUAGAAGGCAAUUUAACCCAAAUUAUGAGCAAUGAUCUUUCUUCUAACCUGUCCAAGUUCCUGUGGUUCUUCAACCAAAUUAUAUUUUUUCAAAAGUUCAUAGUAAAAAAUGCAGAGAGCCUGCUGCUUGACGAAGACUUGAUGAAGAAACUGCAAGACUACGAUUUUGACGCUAUUCUCACAGACCCGUUUGAACCUGUUGGAGUUAUUGUUGGUGAAUAUCUCUCAAUUCCAGCUAUUUAUGUGCAAAUAAACCUUCCUUGUGGCAUUGACACUCUUGCCAGCCAAUGCCCAAGUCCACCCUCCUAUGUUCCCCAGCGUAACACCCACUUUACAGACCAUAUGAAUUUUGGGCAGAGGUGUGUGAACCUGAUAAGAAGUCUCCUGCAGCACACGUCCUGUAAAGUUUUGCAUGCUAAUGCAGAUGAGAUUGCCACACGUUUACUUCGACGAAAAGCAUCAGUGAUGGAGAUCAUGAGCCGUGCGGCUCUCUGGUUAAUGCGAUUCGACUUUGCGUUUGAAGUUCCACGGCCAGUGAUGCCCAACAUGAUCAUGAUUGGAGGGAUGGCAGCCAAGAAACCAAAACCUUUAUCACAAAAUGCUGAUAAGUUUGAGCGUGCCGCAUAA